GAUAGCUUCAUUCAUCAUUUGCCAGCUCAGCCCUUGCCUUCCAUAUUAAUUGCGGCACGGUGCAUCAAUAACUUACUUCCCACACUCGAUGAAAGUCGAGAUGAACACCUAACCUCACCAAAUUCUUCAAUCAAUGGAUUUCAUUUCCUCCUCUCCGUGGACCAACAUCGCAAUUGCCAUCUUAAUUGUUCUAAUAACCACCGUGACAAUGGGUGCCUUUUCAAGCAAGAACCAGAUGCCCGUGGAGGGCAAGACCAUCCUCAUCACCGGAGCCUCAGAAGGCAUGGGCCGCAGCGCCGCCGUGCAACUCGCCGCAAAAGGCGCCCACAUAAUCCUCGUCUCGCGCAGCGCGCCCAAACUCGAAGCCGCGCUCGCGGACGUCAAAGCCGCCGCGCGAGACCCGUCGACCCAACGAUUCACGUACCUAACCGCCGACGUAUCGCAGCCGGACUACGCCGCGCCGCUCCUCGCCUCCGCCGUGUCCUGGAACAACGGGCAACCCCUCGACAUCGUAUGGUGCGUAGCCGGGACAUCAACACCCGACUUCUGGCUCGAAGUACCGAUCACGCACGCGCGGUCGCAGAUGGACAUCAACUUCUGGGGGUCCGCGGAGAUGGCACACGCGAUCCUGCGGCAGUGGUGCGCGGCAGACGCCCCCGUCGUGCCGGAGCCGAAACACCUGAUCCUGACGUCUUCGGUUCUAGCCUUCUUCCCCGUUCUCGGGUACGGGCCGUAUACCCCCGCGAAGAGCGCCUUGCGCGGACUCGCGGACACGCUAGUGCAGGAGCUGGAGAUGUAUCCGCAGAAGGUGAAGCUGCACGUGGUGUACCCGGCGUCGAUCGGGAGUCCUGGGUUCGAGCGGGAGAACAUGACGAAGCCGGAGGUGACGAAGAAGAUCGAGGAGGGCGACCCCGUGCAGUCCCCCGACGACGUGGCGGCGGGUGCUAUACGGAAGUUGGAGCAGGGGCAGUACUUCAUCACGAGUGCGUUCUUAGGACAUCUGAUGCGCUGGGGUGCUCUGGGCGGGUCGCCGAGGAACAGUUGGCUUGUCGACACGCUUAUGUGCUGUUUCCUGCCCAUCAUAUGGAUAUUCGUGCUGCCUGAUAUAUACUCCAAGAUUAGGAAGUAUGCCAAGGAGCAUGGUCAUCCUGCUACUUACCGGACUAAACACAUACAGGAUGUCAAGAGCUAGGUUAGGAAGAUGGGAUUAAGGAAUCAUACUUAACUCUAGUUCUAUCAAGUCUCAUACUACUGACCCUGAGGUUUACGAAGUAUUUAGGUACGGAGAAUAAUGAAUACAAUAUAAUAAUGAAACCCU